AUGAGGAGGAAGCCUAUGGCUCCGAUAUUGGUGUUGUCUGACGGUGUCCUGUGUAAUUACCAGAUCGAGAUACCACACCAAUUCCGCCUGAUGAAGUUCAACAACUCACUCUUUGCAGUGUGCAAGGGGGAUGGGGAGCUGACCCUCGGGGAUGCAGGCCCGGACCACGCGCCGCAAUGUGGCCAAGCAACACAGUGCAUGCUGGCCUUUGACCUGAUCAGCUUCUCACAGGAGAAGUUCCGGCUGGUGCACGUGGAAGUGGAAGUGAGGAACAUCAAUGAUCACGCGCCACGCUUACCCCGGGCCCAGAUCCCCAUGGAGGUGUGCGAGGGCGCAGCCGUGGGCAUGCGCAUCCCCUUGGAGGUUCCUGUGGAUGAGGACGUGGGGGCCAACCCGCUGCAGAGUGUGCGCCUGGCGGAGCCUCACAGCCGUUUCCGCGUAGAACUGCAGACGCGUGCGGACGGUGUCCAGUGCGCUGACCUGGUGCUGCUCCAGGAGCUGGACCGCGAGGGCCAGGCCGCCUACAGUCUGGAGCUGGUGGCCCAGGACGGCGGCCGCCUGCCGCGCUGCGCCACGGCCGCCCUCAGUGUGCGAGUGCUGGACGCCAACGACCACAGCCGGGCCUUCCUGCAGGGCGCAGUGGCCGAAGUGGAGCUGGCAGAGGACACUCCUAUGGGCUCUCUGCUGCUCGACCUGGACGCAGCCGACCCCGACGAGGGUCCCAACGGCGACGUGGUGUUCGCCUUUGGUGUCCACACCCCGCCCAAGGCGCGCCGCCUCUUCCGUCUGGAGCCGCGCUCAGGCCGCCUCACCCUGGCAAGACCGGUGGACUACGAGCGCCAGGACACCUAUGAGCUGGACGUGCGGGCCCAGGACCGUGGUCCCGGGCCCCGGGCCUCCACCUGCAAGGUCAUCGUGCGCAUCCGCGACGUCAAUGACAACGCUCCGGACAUCACCAUCACCGCGCUGGCCGCCCCGGGCGCACCUGACGCCUCUCCCUUCGCCGCCGUCGCUGCCGCUCUCGGGGGUGCGGACCCGACCUCGCCGACCCGGCCCGGUACGCCCAAGGCCGGCGCCGUCUCUCUGGUGCCAGAGGGGGCGGCGCGCGAGAGCCUAGUGGCGCUGGUCAGCACCUCGGACAGAGACUCGGGUGCCAACGGGCAGGUGCGCUGCGCCCUCUACGGGCACGAGCACUUCCGGCCGCAGCCGGCCUACGCGGGCAGCUACCUGGUGGUGACUGUGGCGUCGCUGGACUGCGAGCGCAUUGCCGAGUACAACCUGACGCUGGUGGCCGAGGACCGCGGCGCACCCCCGCUACGCACCGUGCGGCCCUACACUGUUCGCGUGAGUGAUGAGAACGACAACGCACCACUCUUCACACGGCCGGUCUACGAGGUGUCGGUGCGGGAGAACAAACCUUCCGGCGCUUACUUGGCCACGAUGGCGGCCCGGGACCCCGACCUGGGCCGCAACGGGCAGGUCACCUACCGGUUGCUGGAGGCAGAAGUGGAUCGCGCCCUAUGUCUCGGUGGAUCCCCCCCCCCCCAGCAACUGGGGAGCUCCGCGCAUGAUGGUGCUUUGACCGCGGUGUACUGGCUGAGCUGCCUCUGGGGCUGGAAGUACUUGACGGCGGCUCUCAGCCGCCCCGGGGCCGGGCCGUGGUGUGGCUGCAUGUGGAGGACCAGAACGACCACGUACCUGGACUGGUCACACUACCACUCUUCAGUGGCGCAGCCCAGCCGCCUCUGCCCCAGGGCGCGCCCCUGGGCUACCUGGUGA